UUAAGGAAAAAAUAUGAAAAAUAUGAAAAAAUAUAAAAAAUAUGAAAAAAUAUAAAAAAUAUAAAAAAUAUAUAAAAUAUGUAAAGUUUUAACACGAAAAUUAAUGUUUUUAACCGUCUGCUAAACAUCGUGAUUGAGAUUUUGAGAAUCGGGACUUUGUUAAAGCUUAAAAAUGAAUGACGAAGAAACUGACAAAGAAUUAGAAAACUUUUGGGGUUUACUGAAAGAAAACCAAGUUAUUGUCCCACUUAAUCUGAAACACAUUCUAUCCACGAACAAUCUAGUCGGCAUUCGAGUUAUGGCCGAAAUCAAUGACGAAGUAAUUAAAGAACUUGAAAGCUCCGUAAGAGAAAUGGGAAAUGUUGACAUUGCAAGCAAAAUGAGUGAAGAAGACAAAGUAAAACUCUUUGGCCCAAUUUAUAAAUUAUGUCCUGACAAAUUUAAGUUUUCUAUUGGUGACAAAAUGGUCUUACGUGUUAUACAGAAAGUGAGUAAAGAACUUGAGGCUAGUUUCAAAGUUGUGACAAAGAUUAAAGACCCUGCUCCUACUAUAAAAGAUCGUACAAUGCCAACCAAAGAUUUGGCACACACAGAAGGGCAGCAGCAUACAUCAUCCGUGGCAAACAGUAGGCCUAAACCUUCAAAUGAAGAAAUCAGAGCACUAGAAGGGAGACUAGAAGACUGCAUUUUACGUUGGGGGAAAAGAAAGAACAUGGAGUGUGAAAAUCAGUUCAGAGUGGCUGGAAAUACUGUUACGUGCAAAUUUAAAACAUCUGCUUCCACCUUCUGCAACAAGACCUACAAGUUACAGCAAAGUAAGGAAGGAUCCUCCUGGCAAAUCUCAAACUUCACUAACCACAUAAAUGCUGAACACAACAAAACCAAGAAAGUUUCCACAGCGAGUCCAACAACAAAUCAAAACCAGGAAGAAUCAACUGCUAUUUCUACACCCAACAGUGGAAAUGAAGUUUCACGAAAAAGGAAAUCUACUACUUCAGUUAUUGAUCUUGCUGCUGGGGACGAAACAAAUGAUAGUAACGGUGACGAUGGAAGUGGAUAUCACAGCCCAUCAGAAAUUUCUUCACCAUCAAAUGAUAAUGGUAACUUUGAUUUUGAAAAAGGAAAGUCGACUGCACACAAACAUCGAAGCAAAAGAUCCAACGAGACUUCUAUGUUGCCAUCGUCGUUGAAUGAAGAAGAUAAUAGUAAGAGUAUGUGAGACAAACAGACUGGAGAUGCCGUAUUGCCGCACAGCAACUCCCGUCAUAAAUCAUCUUUAAUCAAUUGGAAUAGUAGACUCGAUAGACGGCAACUCAAAUUAAGAAAAAGUUCUUCACAGCCCCAACAAAGUCGCAUUUCUGACUAUUUUGAAUUCGUUAACAAACUUGACGCGGAAAUUUGCCUCCGCAAGGAAAACGAAUUUCUUCGUUCAAAAAUUCAAGAAAUGGAAAAAAAAUUCGCCUCUCUUAAUCAAGAAAAUCCUCUAGAAGUUGCUGGUCAAUCUCUUUUAACUAGAAUGAUGCGGCAAGCUGUAAAACAAUUUGGAAAGAAACCUAAAGGGUUAAGACACGACGACGUUGUUCUUGAACAUUUCUGUAUCAAUGUUUGGAUCCUUGGAGGCCGUCGUAUCUACGAGAUCUUUCACAGCAACUUUAUUGGAAUUUUUCCCUCGCCUUCAACUAUACAAGACCGUCUUCGAACGUUUGAUCUCCCAUCCCAAGACGGCAUAAAUUUCUCUGCCGUGGUGGAAUACCUCAAAACAAACAACG